UUUAUGAUUUCACGUUUACAUCGCCAAAUGUGACACGGAGGCUUUUAUACUGGAAAAACUCCAAAGUGAAAGCGUGAGCACUUCCUGUUUAGCAUAACCGGCUCAUCUGUCAAAACAGCAGAACAGGGGGCGGCACAGUUGAGACAGCCAGUCACGUGGGUUCCGGCGACAUGGAGGCGGAGCUUCGUCAGGUGGAGGAGGAGGUGCAGGUGCUGCUGAGCGGCCAGGGGUCGGAGGUGACGGCGUACGACGACGUGGGCCUGGAGCAGAGCAAGCCCGCCUCGCUGAAGAACAACACCACCUACAUCGUCAGCGCCAUCAUCUUUAACCACAAGGAGGAGGUGCUGAUGGUGCAGGAGGCCAGGAAGGACUGUUACAAGAAGUGGUAUCUUCCAGCAGGGAAGGUGAAGAAGGGCGAGAGCCUGCGGGAGGCGCUGCUGAGGGAGGUGAAGGAGGAGGCGGGGGUGGAGUGCGAGCCAAUCACCCUGCUGCUGAUCGAGGAGCAGGGACCGCAGUGGAUCCGCUUUAACUUCCUGGCGGCGGUCACAGGCGGGGCCGUCAAGAGUCCGUCGUCGGCCGAUAAGGAGUCUCUCCAGGCCGCCUGGUGGGACCGAAGCACGGCCCUCAAACUGCGAGGGCGGGACAUCCUCAGGCCCAUCGAGUGCGGGCUGAAGUACCAUCGGGACCCCUGGCACCCCGUCACCUUGCCGACGGACCAGAGCUGCCGUCACACGGUCCAGAGACUGGUCCUGGUCUUCGUCACCUCUGAAGAGCGGGUCUGGAUCCUGCUGGUCAAAGCCCCGAGGCUCCACCUCCCCGUGGCGGCGGCGGUCAAGACGCACGCCGUCAGCUGGGCGGCCGACGCGGUGGCACGGGACGCCAUGCCGGCGUGCUACUACGAGCACAAGCUGACCACGCUGGGCGUCCUCGGCCUGCAGCACCACGGGCGCCAGCACGGCAAGACGGACGGCGUGUGCUUCAACACGCUGGUGGCGUUGAAGCCCGACCACGCCAAGCGCGACGAGGACGGCGCCGCGCUGCAGCUGCCGGCGCCGCGCCAGCCACCUGCCGUGGACAACCCUCGCUACGUCUGGCAGGAAGUCCUCCAUGCCGGCCUGCGGGGGAAACUUCUGGAGAAGAUCAGGAAGACGGCCAUCUUGCCGCUGGACAGCCUCUACUGACCCCUGCUGGACGUGCGUCUUUUCCAAGGUGGCUGCUGGUUGAGGGAGCUCCUCAUCUCUUAUGCCCUUUGGUCAGGAUCCUUUUGAAUGUUUGCACCUGCUGGCUCUCUGACACGCCCAGAGACCGGAGGAGAUGCGGACCAGGGGGCGGGGCCGCACAGCUGGACACUUCCGGCUCCCUGGACCACGGGGUUCAAACUCAAGGACCGCCACGUCAUUUGAUACAACCCGCUGAUGCCUGCGUCAAUAAAGUCAAGUCUUUGACAGAUGAUCUUA